AUGUCCUUUAAUACUAGGUAUAAGGAUUUAAUAUCUAGAAAACCACCGUCGAUUGGUCACGGUGACAACAACGUUCUUCCUGUGAAUGGACAGAGACCUGCAUCUUAUAUGACCCGGAACUAUGAAAGAACCAACGACGAAACGAAUCAUCCUGAGGUAUCUACAACACACCAGUCACUUUCCAGUAAUGUCCAGGGUUCGAGUGGAAUUAAAAUUUCACAAAUGGUAGAAGGGCAUCGAGCUGAAGACAAGGUUGAAGAGGCAGGUACGUUCAAAGAAGUCUAGUAACAAAACUGAGGCCAUCCUCACUUUCACUUCAGACUAUGCGAGGCAGUUUCUGUUUCAAAUGUAACUGUUCCUUUUAGAACCAGAUGAUAUUUCCAAAACGUUGAUGCCAGGUUCCAGGAAUAGUAUUGCCCCAUCUCCGAUGCCAGGCUCUAAGAGGUCAGCACUGCCAGUAAGGCUAAAUUCUCCAAUGGCUGCCGCAGCUGUAGCUGAUGUGCAAGGUGCUGUGGUAGAGAAAGGGGUUGAAGUCAUGGGUAAAAUGGUUGAUAAACAAUUACAGAUAAUUGAUGAAGCACAACAGAAGGCAGAAGAUUUCUUAAAGAAAGAGGUGGGUAGUUGUUAUCCCAGCAUAAUUGAAAUAUAUUUUGGACUUAAGUUGUAGAGGUUGGUCCCUCGCUGAAUUUGAUUCUUCGUAUGACAAGCAUGAUCGCAGCUAGUGGACAGAUCUUAUCCUUGAACCUGGGCCUCCAAAUGGUGAUUCCAACGCAGUGUCCACUUAGCACAAAAGAGAUUCUCUCUUGCUUAGCAAUACUUCUCUGCUACUAUUUGAGUUAGAUAUCCUGUUCUUCGCUAUAUUACACUUCUGGCAUUCGUUACCAACUACCACCUUGGUUGUAGAGUGCAUUUUUCAGUAAUUUUGUCGUGGUAGAGUGAUUCAGUGUUUAUCUCGAUNGUGCUGUGGUAGAGAAAGGGGUUGAAGUCAUGGGUAAAAUGGUUGAUAAACAAUUACAGAUAAUUGAUGAAGCACAACAGAAGGCAGAAGAUUUCUUAAAGAAAGAGGUGGGUAGUUGUUAUCCCAGCAUAAUUGAAAUAUAUUUUGGACUUAAGUUGUAGAGGUUGGUCCCUCGCUGAAUUUGAUUCUUCGUAUGACAAGCAUGAUCGCAGCUAGUGGACAGAUCUUAUCCUUGAACCUGGGCCUCCAAAUGGUGAUUCCAACGCAGUGUCCACUUAGCACAAAAGAGAUUCUCUCUUGCUUAGCAAUACUUCUCUGCUACUAUUUGAGUUAGAUAUCCUGUUCUUCGCUAUAUUACACUUCUGGCAUUCGUUACCAACUACCACCUUGGUUGUAGAGUGCAUUUUUCUGUAAUUUUGUCGUGGUAGAGUGAUUCAGUGUUUAUCUCGAUUAUAGAUUAAGCUGGAUAUUAUACCUGAGAAAGGCUGGAAAUCAGAAGAUAUGUUUGUACCCGCGGGAUUUCACAUGGAUGCAUCAAUAAAAGAUGACGCUGGGUCCCCAGCAGAACCUGAACCAGCAGCAUUUAACUACCCAGCAGGUCUCGGGAACGUCUUAAUGAAUGGAUGCUAUGGGACUGGGUACAAGGAAGGAGAUCCUUGCUAUGUGGCAAAGUGGACUUUAGACGCCUGUUUGGUAUGAACGCUAUGCAGCGGAGCUAUAAACCUUUGACUUUAUCUUAUUCAGUGAAAAAAUAACACUGUUUUUGAAUACAAAAAUACGGGGAUGUGUUUUUGAUCAACGAAGUGAAAAAUCUAAAAUAAGGAAUUCAAAAUGAGUGGGACCAGCUCACUCGCUGGGGCUUCAUCAGAAACUACUUAAGUUGUGUUUAUAAACGCGAUUCUCUGUCGUCUAUUAAGAAGUUGUCCUGCAGUUUUCAGGUUUAAAUGGACUAUGUCACGAGGACAUUGCUAUAGUGAUGGCAUUACGAAGAUCACAAACAAGUUUCAUCAUGAAGAACCUACUAUACUGUUUUUUUUGUUGAUUUUUGCAGGUAUAGCUUAAAACCUGAAAGAGGUUGACCUAACUUUUUCAAGUUACAAUCAAUGUAUAUCCUUGCUAUAAAAGACGACAAGAGACAGUUUCAAUGUCUAAAUAUAGUCUUAAAUAACCAAACUCGAACGUUUUUUUGGAAUUAAAAUGAUGAGAAGUCAAGUUUUAGCUUUUUAACAAGACACCAAAUAGCGUGACGUGGCCCCUUUAAACAUACAAAUUUUGCAUUUUCCUUUUAGUUAUAGCUGUCUGAAGCGAGCACCGAGCUCCCAGUUGGCAUGUUACCUCGGCUGGUUAGAGCACUGCACCCGUAUCGCAGGGUAUUGGUAUCUAAUGAAAUAAGAGGCUUUUAAGAGGUGCGAAAAUUGGCUUGUUUGCUUAAACGGUAGACCGCUGCACCAAUUUUUUAGAGGCCGCGGGCUCGAAUCCGUACAAACCUGAAUCGUUUCAGGCUUUCUUUUUUGACGAACUGCAAAAGUAGCAUGUAUACCUGCGAUGAUCUUCCUUUAUUUAAUUCUAACACAAUCCGGCCGUGAAACCAAAUAAGAGUCGCGUAGGUAUGAAUUACUAGCUAAUAUUCCCUUUUCCGACAGAACAUGAUUGAUGGUGCAGCCUUCAUGGGAGUGGGUUUUGACGGGCGUGGUGAGUACAGCCCUGAAUCAAGGAAAAUGAGCCUCGUACAACGGAGUUGCGCUGGAAAAGCAACGUAAGAAUUCUCUAAUUUUUAUGCACCGCUUAACGUUCCGCUGUACAUUUGUACUGCUACGGUGGUGCUUUCAUUGUUUUUGGUACAAAUGAAACAGCAAAAUCCUCAGUUUGUUGUUAGUUACCCCAAAAAGAGUUAUCGCUGUUACACAAUACAUUGAGCCAUAUAUGAAAAAGAACAGCUGCCAGACAACAAUAAUAAAACUAGCAGAGGACUGGAAAAGGUCACUGCAUGACCAAAAGGUACUCGGGGUUUCAACAACUGACUUAUCAAAAGCCUUCGAUUCACUACAACUGUACUACACCCGCUGCUAUUAUUGACGAAGCCGAGCGCAUAUGGUUUCACCGAAGAAGAUAUCGGACUGUUAAGAUCGUACUUCUCAGAAUGGGGUUAGAAUUGGAACUGAGACUUCUAGCGAAUGGAAAGAAAUGUUUAGAGAAUGCCUCCAAGGCUCAAAUUUUUGGCCUCCCUCACUGAAUGUUUUCCAAAACGACCUGCUCUACAACAAUGGCAAAAGCAGCAUCAAGAUGUACGCAGAUGACCAUGAAAAGUAUGUUACCAGAGGAAAGACGACGAUCAAAGUCCUCGACAAAUAUGCAGAAAGUGGCCCAGAAAUGAAGCUAUUGUGUGUCACUUUUAAUAAGCAUUAGAGGUUUCGUUAGUAGGUUGAGUAUGACCGUCCGGAUGAAAAUAGUCGCGAACAGGAUCCUAUUCAGGACUACGUUCACCCGAACGAUCCUACUCCACCUACCUAUGAAAUAACUCCUCGACAAGUCCUGAUGAGAAUGAAAAAUUUAAUACCAACAUGAGCGAAGCUAAGAAUUUACAAAUCUUUUAUUUUGCGAGAAUUAACUUAUUGUCGGACGGUCUGCCGCGUUUAAAGAAAAUCUGAUAGCAGAAAGAUUGAGAGACUCCAAGAGAGGGCGCUAAGAUCAGUAUGUUGUGAUAAAAGUAGUGCAUACGAUGAAAUUAUUGUAAGGGCUAAACUCCUCUCACUGCUGAACCGUAAACUGCAGGAGAUAGCAAUAACAAUGUAUAAAGUCAAGCAUAAUUUAUGCCCUAGUUAUAUAUUAAAUGUUAUAAGAACAUUUUCAGACUAAUGGGGGAAAUGCAGGGCUUUUUACUGAAAUUCAGAGGAAAAAAUUCAUGUUUCUUGAGAUAUUAGUCUGGAUUCCACUACACACCUGACAGGCUCCAUGUGUACAAAGGCAAAGAGUGAUAUAAUCAAUCUUUGCCUUUUGCUGAUUUUAGGUAUGAUGACUAUGACGUUCCAGACACUAUGAACGUACACGGUAUUUACGACACUAAAGCAAGUAUGGUGACUUUUGAGAGCCGCUCCGAGUUCCAGUCCUUUCUGCAGGCGGAAGCUGGUAUAUCAGGUUCAUAUUUUGGAUUCCACGCAGGCGUAAAAUCGGCAUGGGGCGAGUCAAAAUCAGGUUCAAGUCAAACGUACAUGGCUUUGUUAAGCGUCGACAUUAACAGGUAAAACCAUAAACUCAAGGACGCCAGAGCGAAUCCUUACAUCUCCUCAGAUUUACUUGAGUAAGGCCCGGUCCAUACGUCGUGCUCCUGCCGUAAGUUAAUUCAAUAAUUUAAUUCGACAAAAACACAACAAAACCACGAGGUCUGAAUCAGAUAAGCUUUGAAUUUGGUUCGGCAGAGCAGUGACGUUCGAAAUGGUCUGCCGUGCUACACUACUCUGUUACGGCAGUUAUUCAAACGUCUUCCUCAUGCGCGCCGUGCCAAACGAAAUUCAUAAAUAUAGGAGAUAGGAGAUAUGUUUUGGAAAUGUAUAUUCUUUUUCUGCGUCAAGCGCUGACUUGAUUGAUACUGCGUUCACAAUAAAAACCUAUUUUCGACUCUGGUACGACAUCUUAAUUAAAGUCGCGCUUCUGCCGUGCUUCUGUGUUGAACACAAUAACAAUUGAGUUCGACACGGCAAAAGUACGACGCAUAAACUGGGCCUAAAUUCUUAAAUUUUAGUUUAAAUUUUAAAUUUGUAUCAGGUUAGAGUCAAAUAGAAAAUUAACAAAUCAACAGGCAGCUGGAUUUCCUGAUGAAAUAUUGCGCCUUCUAGCCUUUACAAAAGAAGCCUGCAAUGCACAAAUUCGAAGAAUUUUGAGAAACGCUUUUCGUUUUAAACCAAGUCGUACCCAAAUAACCCUUUAACCGUUUCUGUGACUAACAUUGUGAAUUGCAGAUAUGAAGUGUUUCUGGACGAGGUCAAACCCCAAGACUUAAGUUUGUCAUUUUUAAGAGAGUUCAUGGAGCUACCGACAACUUACUUUGCUGCAGGAGCGCCGCUUAGAUUUCGUAAGUACAUCUUCAGUGGCAUGGGAUACCAACUGAGAAAGGAUCAACUAAAGAUCUGCAUUUCUCUUCAAAUGAUUUUCAUUUAUUUUCUUUACAUGAGUUAUUAUCUUCAAAAUGUGUAAUGAUUAACCCGGUGGUCGACACAUUAGGCAUUUUUAAAGUCUUAUGUGUUCAAACAUAAAUUAAUAUGAUCCAAAUCACAUCCACCCUUCAAACACCAAUAUCAGUAAUCGUACCUCAACACUUUAAGAUAUUUUUCAUGUUAAUUCAUUUCAGAAAGUAUCGAUAACUUUGCAACAGAAAAAGCAGGUUUAUUUGGAGACCGUAUAGUUUUUAAAGUGCAAUAGUUAUAUAGCUCGUCAAGGGUCUUUGUCAUCUUCUUUUUUCUUCAGUUGUAAGCUUAAUCAUGCGCAACAUAAAGAAGCAUUGCUAUCACUUUGAACUAACUGACCAAUGAAACGUCCCACUGAGUCAUGUGUGAACCAAAUAACAGCAGCAUAACUUCCAGAAACAUUGUUUUCACAUUUGAUUUUUGCCAGCUUUCAUUACCAGUCUCUUUUACCAUGGUGUUCUCACAAUAUCGUCAACCUUUAAAGUGCAACAGUUUAAAAAUUGUUGUUCCUUUUGCCUUCCCUAUGCCUUUUGUACAAACCAAAAGGAUGCUGUAGGUAACCAAGUCACGGGGAAAUGGUCAAGUACCUAAAAAUAACUGUUUCUUUUGCCUCCCCUUUUGUUUUCUCCCUUUUGCCUACGAUUAUCACUUUAGCAUGACAUGCAGGAAGUUUUGCACCUAAGUUUUAAAAGUUUCCAUUGAAACCAUCUUGAAGCUUUCAUUGAAACCAUCCUGUGGUUUUGACGUUAUCAGUCGUCUGUGCGCGCGAAAUCGCUUUACAUUUAUUUGAAGGAAUGGCGGAGUAUUAAGUGAAAGUUGAAUACAGCUAUUUCUAGAAAGGUUGUCGGAAAAACUGUGCACGCGCAGGUGCCAUCCUGGCACGCGACAAUCCCGAAAGGUAAUAUGGGAUAUGAUCAAUACACUGUUCCUUACACUGUAGCCGUCGACCCUACUUUUGUUGCUUUCCUUUAGCACUCGCUUACCUAUGUCCAUGGCCCCUCUUGCCAUUCUUUGAUAUCAGUUUCUUUGAAAAAACAGUGAACUAAAAACCACCCACAAUACCUUUCGGGAUUGUCGCGUGCACUUUUUCCGACAACCUUUCUCGAAAUAGCUCUAUACAGGAUAUCAAAAAAUAAAUGAACAGAGGUGGAUCAGCUUUAUGAUUCCAGCUGGGUUGGAGAAUUCCGGCUAUUAUUCCUUUCCGUCUCUAGUGCAAGACAUAACGAGUAGAUGCGUUCACAAGUUUUUAGUCUUGAGACUUCGUUACUUGGACGAUGAAGACAACUGGCUAUAUCUAAAAAACAACGAGGAGCGAGGCUUUCAGGAAUUCGUAUAGCUUUUGCCUUCCGAAUUAUGCCUUUCCAUGGUUGAACGAGCGUAGCACGUACGCGACAACGCAUACUACUACACCGAUAUAAAAAAGCCUUCAGUGACUAAGAUCUGGCGUUAGCUGACGUCAAUAACACAAGGCGUUUCUAAUGGAAACUAGUACCCAACAACACCAAACGUAGGCGCGAAACUUCCCUCAUGUCAUAAUCAACUGAUAAUCGCAGUAAAGGUUGGUGUGGGUAACCAACUCAGGGGAAAUUGUACAGUAUUUUCAUUGAAAGUACAAGUCAGGCUACAAAAACUCAUGUAAGAGGGCAACAUGCAGGAUGUUUUGACAUAUCAGUAGAAAAACUCGAAAGGCACGAUAUAUGUUUUUUUUUCUACCCUGCAGUGGAUUUCAUAUUAAGAUGGGGCACGCAUUACAUUAAGUCAUCCAAGUUUGGAGGCCAGCUUCAAAUUCGCAAGUUCAUGGACGCAAGUGACGUUUCAAGUAAAAAAGAAUUUGCUGUGGAAAUGGAGAUGGAAUACAAAUCGUUAUUUGCUAGUGUAGGCGCAAAGGCGAGCGUUUCAAAAGGAGAAUCUCAAAGAAAACAAUCCAAAACUACGUCAACAACUGUUAUAGCACUUGGUGGAAGUCACGAGGUUGCCUCCAUCCUGUCUGACGCCUACUCACCCACCUUUAAAUCAGAGUUCAAGGAAUGGCUUGUUUCUAUACCCAAAUACCCCAAGCCUUUUCUUUUCCAGAUCGGUUCUAUCACUGAUCUGCUAAACUUUCGAAUGCGAGAUUUGUUUCCUGAAGAAAAAGUCCACUGGGGCUGUGAAGGGAAUGCUGCAAGCCUGAAAACGGAGACAAACGCAAACGGAGAAAUUGUCACUUUUUAUGAGUCUGUUGGCGCAAAUGGUACAACGGUUAAACAUUACUGUUCGUUUGAUAGUAGAAAAGGAUUAGAACAUGCCAUCCGUCAAAGAAGGUUAAGUCUUCAGAAGGCUAUUGAGGUUUACAUGGAAGAGGUAUGAUAUUAAAGAUUCCCUGUUUAACGAACAAUUGGUCAUUUCCGAGUUCCAAAACCUUCUCUUUUUGCAAAAAAUCUCAACAAAGCACGAUAUAACAUGUACGGAAAUCUCCUACCAGUUUUUAGCACUGAAGGUUCCCGUCUUGAGGAGAAAUAAAGCCACCAACUCCAGUACUCCAACCGAUCCAUUUUCAGCUGCAACGAAAACCCUUGUAUAAGGUAAUUUAUUCAAGUUUGAAAGAUUUGCCGUCACAUUCGCAAGGGCAUUUUGCUGUUGGGGAUAAUGAAAAGAAUAAGACGAUUGACAUAUUUCUUCAUCUUUAUCCCCAAGUGGCAAACUUCCCGUGCGAAUGUGAUGUCAAGUCUAAAAACCUUGAAUAAAUUACCAAGUACAAGGGCUUUCAGUGCAGCUGAAAAAUGGACGGUUAGAAGUACUCGAGUUGGUCGCUUUAUUUCUCCUCAAAACGGAAUCCUGCGACGCUAAAAACUUUUUCGUAGAUAAUAUAAUUUGCCUAGUUAAGAUAGUUUUCGAAAAGAGAGGAACAAAAACAAAGUAAGUUUGAUAAACAGCAAUUCUUUUAUCUUGCCCCGCAUUCAGCAUAAAGUUGUUCUUCUUGCAUUGCGAACUGUAUUCGCUGUAUGUUUCUCAUCACUCAGUUUCUUGCAACUGAAGCUUUGGGCAAAAAUACCCUUGCGCAUAGGAGAUAGUCCGCAGGCAGUUUCCCUCUACUCGCGCGUCAACUUUCGCAAAUGUGUUAGCGUUACAUUUUAAGGUUAAAUUUGACCAGCUAUUUGUGUAGCGAAUUCUACAGUCACGAUUUACUUCAAACUUGCAGAUAUAAAAGUAGAGAGCUCUGAGGUUCAUUUGCCGAAGUUAGAGAAAAAUCUGUCCUAGGGUUUCGAAAUUAUUGACAUUUUUUUGUGAAAACGAGAUUUUAAACGUUUGUCGAUAUCGCAAACGUUUUUAUACCCACAAGAAAAUAAAUUAACAUUUUAAAAUUAAGGAUACCAAAAAUCAUGGAAAUCAGUUAAAUCAUUCCUGCCGAAAAACGCGAUUCAAAAACAUAACCAACGCGCAUAUAAAUAGGUUCGGGCCACUUUAAAACACUAGAAAAAUGUUAAGAAUAAAAAUCAAUGGAAAUAUUUCUUGAAUAAAAAUUUUUUAAGUUUUGUUUUAAAUGUAGCAACACUUUCUGCAUUUUUGGCACAUUCUAGGAUGGUGUUUCAUAACUGAGGUGCUGCAGUGGAAAACGCGUGUCCUCCAUAUGUUUUGAAUUUUAUGGCUGGGGUGCAUAACAGCGAACAGGAUGAUGAUCGUAGUGCUCUUGAUGGAUGAUAUUCCUUAAUGAGAGGUUCUAAAAAACCAGCAGAUUGUCGAUUCAAGAUUUUAUAUGUGAUAAAAAGAAUCUUUAAGUUAACCCUUGCUUCCAAAAGUAGCCAGUGUAGGCUCUUUAACAUAGGUGUUAUAUGGUCAGAACUGCAGGCUCCUGUUAUCAUUCGAGCUGCGGACAACAGCGUAGUCAUGAUUUAAUUAUGAUACGAAAAUAUUCAUUCCUUGUCUUUUUGCGUUAUUUUUAUGGAACUUUUUGCGUUCUAUUCCAGGGUCCUAACUCCAUUUCAGAUUUUUACCUGCCGGCAUGCACGGCACCUUCUAGUGACCUGAUUGUUCAAGACAGCCUAAAAAGACAAACCACUAAGUCUGUGCCACCUUGGCAAAAAAUAGCAAGUGGUCAGGAAGGGUUUCGUGUUAUCUUUGACAUGGAAAAAGACAUAAUUGGCGCUGAAAACAAUAACAUUCCUGCGAACAUGAGUCGCAUUAUCAAAUAUACUGAUGGAAAAUGGAUGACAGCGAAACAAGAUGGCUCUUUCCACUUGUACAAUGCCUUUAAUAACGGAGACAGUGGUGAUGUAAAGAAACACAAGUUGUCUGUAUUUGGUUUGAUUCUCUCGUAUAAUCAGAACAGCGGAGGUUUAGACUUACUUCCACCAGAUUUUGAAGCUUGCAAGAGUUUUUUCCCAAAUAUUUCGCCCUUGUUGGUGGGAAAAACUCUUGCAAAAGUCGUUCCAGAAGCGGAUGUUGCCACUAAAAUGCCAAGUAAAAGAACACUGACAAAAGAGCCGUGUAAUGUGAAAUGGUCAAAUGCUCUACGUUUUGAUCCUACAGACAAGAAAGGAAAAUGUAUUCAUUUUACUGCGACAACCGAAGGAAGCUUGUUCGUGGUGUUUUCUACAGUCCCCAAGAAUAAGAACUCAACCAUGAUACAACUUUAUCGGGGACUCUAUUAUCGACACAUGUUCCAUUGCUUUGGUUGUAUCUUAAACUAUCCAAAUUUGUAUUAACUCCCAUCUUCGUCUAUUUCCCAUUGGAAAAAUCAUAAUAAACCAACAAUUCAGUUAAAACCUGGUAUCACUUACAUAUUCUUGUCCCCUUCCCCAAGUAAAUACAUUGAAAUCAGUUUUGAAAAGUUAGUACACAUUGUAAUUCUCGCCCCUAUUUUGAGUUUUGAUGAGGUCAUUACAGUAUUUUGUCUUUUGGUUACGUGAAUGCCAUGCAGAUUAAGUUUGACUUCCGCUUUUUCGUACUUUGCUCUUUUAAUCUAAUUUAUAUCAACUUGAAUUCUUUUAGUUAAGUUAUGCUUUUCCGUGUAUUCUUUAAAGGGAAACCACCUGAAAACUUCAACUACCGAUCCAAACGCAGUAGCUCUUGGCGACCCAAACUUAAUGCAGUCUUUCUUCGUUUGCAUCACUGAAACAGAAUCGACGUCUCUUAUUGAAUACGGUAAGACACUGGGAACUACCGAGAGUGGUGAAAUUUAUUUAAACAUGCUGGAUACAAGUGAUCGCUUAAACACGCGGUUUUACGCCUUCGGAAACGGUGACAAACAGGUUGAUGUGAUAGACGCUCGGGUUGUGUCACGUGACAUGACCCUGGCAGACUGCAAAGGGGAUACAUUUAUGGACCUGGAAACGAAGCUGUGUGUGCAGAAAUGUCACGAAGAUUGUGAUCCACUGUAUGGUAAGUAA